AAAAACUUGAUAGUUACGGUUACAUACGGAUUUCCAUUAAUAUGGAAAUUAAAUAAUAGUAAUAUGGACAUAUUUUGAUCAAAGUUGAUAUGAUAAUUUUUUUAUCGAGUACAGCUCAUUGUUGGAUAUCACAUAUAUAUUAUAUCAGCAAGAAAUUUUGUAUCGAACUGUCAACGUAGAAAGGUAUAUUUUUCUAAACAUCUGGAGAUUACGUUCGUAGUUAUGAAUUUGUUUUGGUUUCACGUUCUCCUCGGCUUCAUAUGCAAUUGUUUGCCAAAUCCUGUUGCGUUUGGGGCACCAGCAGAAAUGAAGAUACUCUCAGUGACAAAUGUGACAUCCACAUCUUUUGUUAUUUAUUUCAACGAAACAUCCGAGUUUGAAAAAUACCAUAUAACUCUAAAAGAACGGCAUUCUUCUGUGUUGCUGAAUCACGUGAUCACAUCUUCAGGCAAAAAGAUUUCUGGUUUGUUAAGCGAUACUAUCUACAUUGUAAACAUUAGAGGAGAGAACGGAUCUGGGAAUAUUGGGCCUAAAUCCAACUCCGCUACAGUACAUACAAAUCCUGGACCUCCUGAGAUGCGAACUAGUAAUAAAUUUCCCGAUUCUACAUUUGUUUUCUUUCAUUCGAAAAACUAUGCAAGAGUAUCAGAAUGGACAAUCCAGUAUAAAGAAUACGGAACAAACAAUAUCACCACAGUCACUACAGCAUCGGGGCAAUAUUAUGCCCACUGGCUUUCCGGAUUAUUUGGAGACACAACUUACGAAUUACGUGCAAGAGCUUCUAAAAUAUAUAAUACAUUUCUUGAAGAACAUGAAGUUGAAUUUUCACCGUGGCAAAAUUUUACGACGGCUUCACAUUUAAUAUUUGGUCGUGCUGUGCUAACAAACCAAACCACGACGGCACUAGAAAACAUUAACGAAGCAUAUUCACGUUUGGGCAUAACACACAACGGGAUACGUAUUAUUGAAAUAUUGAAUGGAACGUCUGAGAAUCCACUCGUAUUCUAUGAAAUGAAAGUUAAAGAUAAAACGUUACCAUCAAAUAAAGAUUACAUACUUAACGGGUCGAAAUUCAGCAAUUCGUUUGUGAACAAUGGAGAUAAAUCUCUUGGGGUGCCAUACAUAAGUAUUAUUGAAUUCGGUUACGAAUUAUCCUACAAUCCUGAUCCAAGUGACUGCAGUGACCAAACAAUUGAAAGAUCCAUGUUGGUAACACCAGAAAAUAUGUCAACUGUGGAAAUUCCACUCGUAUUGAUCGGUUCGGAAGGAGGCAGUGUAGUGUCAUUCAGCAUCAUGGGAAAUAAAUUGAACUCGAAUGACGGCACGACUCGAACUGUUCCGACAAAUACCGUUUUAGGAUUGGCGACCAAGUUUUUGGUGAAAGAUUGUUUGAAAAACCAGAAUUCUACUCUUCUGUACACCAAAUAUCUUGAAGCAAUAGACGUCGACACAAAGGAAAUUAAAAAUCCCUUCUUUUACACAACUGUGUUUAAUGGUGAUUCAAUCAACAUUAACGCAACUACGUACUACUGGAUAAACAACGGCUCUUCGAUUAUACUGAAUAUUCCUUCUGUUGAUAAAGCAAUCCUAUAUGAAAUAUCAGACGAAGCAGGAACCGUUUCAACCAUUAUUGACGAAGACGGCAUCGAUGGUUCGAAUUUCUUGAAGGUUGAAGUUCCCAACACGAAGAAUGAAACAGAACGCAGUUUGACACUGACUGUCACUGCACGAAAACAUGAUGGAACUGAAUCCACUUCUGAAGCCGCGAUGACUCUUACACUAUAUAAUGAUAUGUGUUCAGUUUGUGAUGUAAAUGCAACUUGCACGAGCAACAUAUAUGCAGUGAUAACUUGCAAAUGUAAUCAUGGGUUCACUGGAAAUGGAACAACAUGUGUACGAGAUGACACAACAUCCAGCACAACAGGGUUUACAACAGAAAGAAACGAAAUAACGACAGGUGCUACUGCUACUACAACAGGCGAAAAUUACUUAUAUACAUCAUCAGGAAUUUCAGAAACUUCAUCCAACGUGAACGUAACUACUGAAAUGCCUCAAAUAACGUCAUCGUCAGUAACAUCUCUAUCCCCCGAUAUAACUCCUACAAUGUUUGAUAUAUCGACUGCAACGGCAUCAAAUGUGGCAUCAGUAGCUACCACAAGUGAUACCACUGAAGAUACUACCCCAGGAACGAACGACUUACCUACAUCAUCAGGACUUACACGAAAUUCAUCAACUAUGGAUGUAACUGAGGAAUCGUCAAAAACACUUUCAUCGACUUCACCAUUCCCAGAUAUAACUCCUACUGGGAGCUCUGAUAUAUCGACAUCAGCAGUGUCAGAAGAAACGGCAUCAUUUUCUGCUUCAGAGGCUUCGACAAAUUUCUGGAAAUGGUGGAUAAUAUUGCUGAUCGUCAUAGGAGCAAUUAUAUUGUUUGUAGUUGUCGGAAUCAGUGUGAGUUGUUACCUUCGACGAAAGUGGAAAGCAGAGCUUAGGAUUGGUGGCGCGGUCGCUGAGAGGCGUAAAAAGAAAAUGGAGAGAUAUCGGUGCCGCUGCUGCCCGUGGGUAGCCACCCUCUUAAUAGCUGAGGAGAGUUCUUAUUGGUCUAUUGGGCCUACAAAUACUUCUGAAACUGCUGAAAUGGAAAACGAACAUCAAGAUGUAUCUUGUUGUCCGUGGGCAGAUAAACUGUGGAUUAAUAAAGACAAAGCAACUGAGGUUGACAGCGGUCCCAGUUCCAAAAGAUCAGAAAAUUCGGAUAAAGAACGCAGUUCAUGCUGUCCGUGGGUAUCAACAUUGUGGAUAAAUCGAAGUACUCGGGAAUCUAAAUUAGGAAUUAAUGACAAUCAACCAUCUUCAUUUCGCGAAAGUGAUGAUGUAGACUCCUCGAGGUCUGAAGACCGCAUGGAACACUCUCACACUUGUUGUCCAUGGGCAGCAAAUUUAUGGAUUAAUCGAAGCCAAACGGCCAUAUAUGAAGAAAAUGAGCAGACAAAUAAGAGACGUUAUAUAUGCUGCCCUUGGACUGUGAAUUUAAUUAUUAAUCAACGAUCUAACAAUGGUGAACAAGUAAAUGCAAACAGUAACACCAGAAAAGCUAUUGUCGAGAACCGAAAUUUGGGCAAUUUGAGAAAAUGUAAAGAGGAUAUUGACAAUAUCGAUUCCACUGCGUUGUAGUUGUAGUUUACUCAGCAUCACACAUUGCAUACAUAUGCUUGUUCAUUGAAUUUGAAAAUGUUUACAAUUCAGUGCGGCGACGGGGAUAUGAUUUUGAUGUUUAAUUACAUCCUCACGAUAUAGAAUAUAGAUUGAUAGAUUUGAUCAAUAACAUAUAUCAUAGUCCAUCCUGUAAAAAAUAACAUAAAAAGUUGGAAGAAAAAAUUCAACACACAAUAUCACUGGAGAAGGAAAGCCGCGGAGAACCAAAACUGCACCAAACAAGGUUCAAUAUCUUUUUAAUUUGUAAGGAAGGAAAUUUUAGAACACUUUUAUUAUUAAUGAGUAUGGCUUUGGCAGCUGAACCGCCAACAGCAUUCACUAGAGUACUAGACGAAGAGCUUAUAUGAGACGACCAAAAAAACCAUGAUUGUUACAUGGCAACAUUGUUAUGCCUUUUCUCUGAUCGAAUCCACCAUUUUAAUUGUGGGGUAUUCCCUGAUUGGUCCUGAAAAAUACAAUAAUAAUCAUUUAACGUAAAAAGAGACAAGUAAUAUGAAAUUGCGAAAUUGAAAUUUACGUUUGAAAUGUUCAAAAAAAAUACGGUCUAAUGAAUGAAUUUGUUUAAAUUUGAAAAAAUCGACCGCUUAUACUAAUUUAAAUAAUCGUCUUUAUUAUGAUAUCAUAAUUGAUUAUGUUGUGCCGCAUGACGGCAUUGUUGAGAAGGGGGCUCAUAAAUGGCAUAGCCUAUAGCUAGGGCCUCUUAUCGUUCAGAUCCGACCCUAGAUCCGGCUUCCACAAAAAGCAAUACCGUGGUAAUUUUAAGACAAAUGGCCCAGACCAGUGGCUUUCAACUAAUCUUCCGCGACUUCUAGGGUUUCGCCAGUUUAGUGUAGGUCUUUAAUCCCUUAUUUAAAUCUGAGAAUUCUAUAUAAUAAUAUGCAUAUUCUUUGGAUAUAAUCGAAUAUCUAUCAGGUUUGCCAUGAUUAAAUAAACUCGCUACAAUUUGAAGCCCAUUUCCUAUUGUCAUUAUUAGGAUUUAUAUAUAUGAGCAUUUUAAUUUUAUCAAUCAAAUUCGAUUUUUUUGCAUUAAAAAUAUUGCACAGUUCUUCGAGCCUCUGAAAUGUUUUAUUGGGGAUCCUCG